AUGACAACCUCACCAACCAACUUUGAUUUUGGCCAUGUGCCUUUCUUGGACUUGAGCUACAACAAUAAUGAAUCAGACGACUCAGCCCGCAAACUCAUCCUAACGCUCAUGCCCGAUUGGGCCAGCGAAGAUUCAAAUGUUGAAUUUGUGCGCUUCACUGAUGGUAUCACCAAUACUCUUCUGAAGGCCGUCAACCAUCGUCCUGGGAUGUCCAAACUUGACGUCGAUCGAGAUGCCAUUCUUCUACGCGCUUACGGUCAUGGAACUGCCGUUCUCAUCGAUCGUGAACGCGAGGCCGAAAACCAUGAGUUGCUCAUGAAGUAUGGCCUUGCUACCCAGUUGCUCGCUCGUUUCAAGAAUGGUAUGAUGUACCGUUACAUUUUGGGUAGACCUGCGCGCGCCCAGGAUCUCAGUGAACCUCUCAUCCUAUCUGCCAUUGCCAGGCGCCUUGCUCACUGGCAUGCGACUGUACCUUGCCUAUCAGACCUCAAGCACGCCCGGGACGAUAAGCACGUAAACGGCAACGCCAAAUCCAAUGGCGAAGCUCACGCCAACGGUGAUGUCCAGACUGGCAGCCAAACCAACGGCGCUGUGGACGGAGAAAAUGAAAAGUCUCGGCAACAACAGAUUGAUAGUACUGCUCCUGGCAAGCCCCCACCCAACGUGUGGACGACUAUGCAGAAAUGGAUAUUUGCCUUGCCGACUGAUACAUAUGCGCAACGAGAGAGGCAAGCCCUGCUACAGGAAGAGUUGAAGCAGAUGGUAAAGAAACUGAGCCAGCGGCCUGGACUCGGCAAGAACGGGCUUGUCUUUGCGCACUGCGAUCUGCUAUGUGCCAACGUUAUCAUCCACGAAGAGGAUGAUGCAGCACCCACCGUCGACUUUAUUGACUAUGAGUAUGCUACACCGUCGCCUGCUGCUUUCGACGUAGCAAACCACUUUGCCGAGUGGGCAGGAUAUGACUGCGACUACUCAGCUGUCCCCAGACAAGACCAGCGACUUGCCUUUGUGAAAGAAUACAUCAAGGCCUACUUUGCGUUAACAGGGGAGAGUGUCGACGAGGAUGAGGAAGUGCGCAAGCUCAUGACCGAGGUCGACGUCUUCCGAGGGGUGCCAGGAUUUUACUGGGGUAUUUGGUCUUCAAUCCAAGCUGUCAUCUCGAAGAUUGACUUCGACUAUGCACAAUACGCUGAGCUGAGAUUGAGUGAAUACUGGGCAUACAAAGCUGAGGAAGACGGCAGCCGAAAAACCGGAGGCCAAGAAAUGCCACUGAGGGAGCAGACGUGGUGGCGCACCGAGUAA